AUGAUCUCCUGGUUUAGGAGUGAAGAUGCAGCAGCGAGUUGGAAGAGCCGUGUGGGACCCUUCACUGCAGAGGCAAAGGCGGGCAGCGUUCGCACGGCCACCCGUCACUACGGAGCAGAGCUGAAGCAUGUGUAUGGUGACAGCAAGUCAAGCUUCAGCUUUGGAGACAUUGUGCCAGCCACCUUUACGAUGUGUUCCCUGUCGGCCUACACCGGAAUUGCGCAGGGGAAGAUUCUACGUGGAGAGAGCUUCUGGCAUGGCCAUGCCGAUGGGCAAGCGGGCAGCGUCUUCUACGGCGGCCAGUGGGUGCGAGACGAGAAGAAUCUGACCGGAACUCGAAGCUGGAUUGCUCUUUGUGCUUCGAAUCAACACGAGUACAUCUUCUUGGAUGGUGUUGAGGUUCCUGCCAAGUUUGCAGGGGGCGGAGGCAACACAGCAAUCGGUGUGAACGAUGGUCCUGAAGACGAACAUUCAGACUGGGCAGUAGCGGAAGUCAUGACCUGGGAUCGAGUCUUGACCCGCUCCGAGAUGGUGGACGUGCAAAAUUACCUCCGAGCGAAGGCCAAAACGUGCCAACCGGAGCAAUCGGCACAGUGCGAUACGGCCCCGUGUGUGUCGCUCUUCGUCGGUCCAAACCGGCACAAUGUCAUGUUCCGCAACGACGAUGGGACAGCGACAGUCAAGACCUACAGUGGGACGCCGAUUAGCUGUGUUUGCAAAGGACACUGUGUCGGGCUGGUGGGCUCUUGGAGAUGCGACGAUGGACCCUUCGGUGGACACUACACCAUCAGUCCGAGCUACAGCGACGACUGGACACCCGAGACUAAUCGUGACAGCCUGCUGCUUUGCACAGUCGCAAGGCCUGUCUGGUCAGAGAAGGGCGAGGUCGACAGCAAACGCUUCGCCCUUCAAGCGGGUGCGUCGAAAGAACUCGUCAAGGACACGUCUUUCACCUUGACUGCGACAAUCCGACGAGAUGCCGGCGGUGGGCCCCAGACGCUGUUCAGCUCCAGCCAUGAGUCUUCCAUCGUGGACAAGGAUCUUCGAGUAUUUGUCAACGCGGACUCAACGUUCACCUUCCACUUCGGCGGCCAAUCCUGCCAGACAGCACCAACAGAGAAGAGUGUGGCCAGUGAGUGGCAGCAUUUGGCUUUCAUGUACGAUAUGGAGCAGAACGAGACCAGGAUUUAUCUCAACGCCCUCGAGAUUAAGUCCUGUGCCUUUACGUCGUCAUUCUCGCCUGAUGAUGCUGCAAAGUUAGUACUUGGCGCUUACAAAGACUCGAACAUGUGGAUCGGAGCAAUGAAGGAAAGUGCGAUCUACGCGCAGACUUUGAGUACACCACUCAUCGGGCGCUUGGCAGGUGAUUUGGCGCUGCCGAAGGCAAUGGUGUGGUUUUCACAUGAAGACAGCUGGAAUCGAAAGAGCUUCGUCGAGGCUGUUAGCUUCUGUGCGAAGCGCAAGAUGAAGUUGGCGCAUUUCGAAGACUAUUGCACGCAGAACAGUGAUGGAGUCUUCACUGUCCGUCCUCGGGUGGCUCCUGGCGACCAGUGGGCCGCAUACGCAGGUGCGCAGGAGAAUUCCUGGGUGCAGAUCGGCAAUGGAGCCAGCACGAAAAGUCCGGUGGAGCCCUGCAAGACCUACGAGCAGCAGUUUGGCGACAAGCCCGUCUGGGGAAUGGAUGGAAACGCCUACCGAUACAAAUCCUUUCUUGCCUGCAAGGCCUCCUAUGGAUUCAUCCCGUAUUCUGCUGACAAGGGACAAGGGAAGUGCGAGAAGGGUGACCUCAUACCGCACGACAACGCGGCCAAAACUGAAUCUGCCUGCAAGAUGCAUUGUGUCAAGGAAAGCAGUUGUGCAUUUGCAAGUUGGUCAGCUGCAGAACAAGAUGGAACGUGCUCGUUGUUUUCCACUUGCGACACCUGGACUGCUUCAUCAUCAUCCAUGACGUGGAUAAAGAAGCCGCUGCGCUGA